AGCAGGAGAAGCGCUGAAACUUUACACGCUCUGUCGCGCUGCGUGUGACACGCGCCUCGCGUCUUCUCGAGCGUGUUUGGAGUGGAUCUGGACUAUCACUCGGACUCGGAGUAUAUUUACUUCGGCGAUGGCCGGUGUGUGUCUUCCGGCUCCGCCGCUCUGGUAUCACCGGGAUCUGAGUCGCGCGGCGGCGGAGGAGCUGCUGGCGCGCGCCGGGCGGGACGGGAGUUUUCUCGUGAGGGACAGCGAGAGCGUGAGCGGCGCGUACGCAUUAUGCGUGCUGUUUCAGAAACACGUCCACACAUACAGGAUUCUACCUGAUGAGGAGAACUUCCUGGCAGUGCAGACGUCACAGGGCGUUCAGCCGAAACGCUUUAAGACUCUUCCUGAGUUGAUUCAUUUGUAUCUUCAGCCGAGUCAAGGGCUGGUGACCACACUGCUGUUUCCAGUGGAGAGAGAAGAAACCACAGAGGAAAAAGAUUACUCUGAUGGUGAAGAUGAAAAGCCGCCCCUCCCUCCACGCACUGCCUCCACCAUCAGCCCUGCAGGCUCCACCCUCACCACUCCAGACACGCCCCCUGAGAAUGUAACGGCGUCGAACGGUUUGAGCACCAUCUCUCACGAGUAUCUAAAAGGCAGUUACGCUCUCGACCUGGAGGCCGUGAAACAGGGUGCACACAACCUGCCACACCUCAACAAAACACUGGUGGCGUCCUGCAAACGACUGCAUGGAGAAGUGGAUAAGGUUUUGUGCAGUCUGGAGAUCUUGUCAAAGGUCUUCGAUCAGCAGAGCGCCUCCAUGGUGUCCAGAAUGAUCCAACAGUCGAUGUCUCAGGGUGGAGAUCAGGAGUUGGAGCAUCUGGUCACUAAACUGGCCAUCCUAAAAGAUCUGCUGUCAUCUAUAGAGAAGAAGGCUCUGAAGGCGUUACAGGAUAUGAGCUCAACUGCUCUGCCCAUCUCUCCUCUGCUGUCCAUCAGACUCAACAAAUCUAUUCCCAUACAAACCUUUGAGGUAAAGCUGGAUGUGUAUCUGGCCGAUUUGACAAAGAUCGGUAAGAGUCAGAAAUAUUCACUCAGUGUGGACGUGGAAGGCGGGAAACUGGUGGUGAUGAAGAAAAUGAAAGACGCACAAGAAGACUGGAACACAUUCACGCACGACAAGAUUCGGCAGCUCAUUAAGUCUCAGCGUGUGCAGAAUAAACUCGGAAUCGUCUUUGAGAAGGAAAAAGACAAAAGUCAGAGGAAAGAUUUCAUCUUUGCCAGCGCUAAAAAAAGGGAAGCAUUCUGUCAACUGCUGCAACUCAUGAAGAAUAAACAUUCCAACCAGGACGAGCCGGAUAUGAUUUCAGUCUUUAUUGGGACAUGGAACAUGGGUGGUGUUCCCGCCCCUAAAUCGAUGGGAUCGUGGAUUUUAUCUCGUGGUUUGGGGAAAACUCUGGAUGAGAUAGCGGUUACGAUCCCUCAUGACAUUUACGUGUUCGGUACUCAGGAGAACUCAGUGUUUGAUAAAGAGUGGGUGGAGACACUCCGCUGCGCCCUCAAAGAGUACACAGAGAUCGACUAUAAACCGAUCGCCAUACAGACGCUGUGGAACAUUAAGAUUGUGGUGUUGGUGAAGGCAGAACACGAGAACCGCAUUAGUCACGUAGGAAUGUCCAGCGUCAAAACAGGAAUCGCCAAUACACUUGGAAACAAAGGGGCAGUGGGCGUGUCUUUCAUGUUUAACGGAACAUCGUUUGGCUUCGUUAACUGUCACCUGACGUCCGGCAAUGAAAAAAUCCACAGACGGAACCAAAAUUAUCUAGACAUCCUGCGUCAGCUGUCAUUGGGGGAUAAGCAGCUAAACUCAUUUGAUAUUUCACUGCGAUUCACACACCUGUUCUGGUUCGGCGAUCUGAACUACCGUCUGGACAUGGACAUUCAGGAAAUUCUAAACUACAUCAACAGGAAGGAGUUUGAGCCUUUGUUGAAGGUGGACCAACUAAAUCUGGAGAGAGAGAAGAACAAGGUCUUCCUGCGAUUCGCGGAGGAGGAGAUCACUUACCCCCCCACAUACCGCUAUGAGCGCGGGUCACGUGACACAUACGUGUGGCAGAAACAGAAAGCUACCGGGAUGCGGACGAACGUUCCUUCAUGGUGCGACAGAAUUCUCUGGAAAUCUUAUCCAGAGACCCACAUAGUCUGCAACUCUUAUGGCUGUACUGAUGAUAUCGUCACCAGCGAUCACUCGCCCGUGUUCGGCACGUUUGAGGUCGGCGUCACCUCACAGUUUGUCUCCAAGAAGGGCCUGCCGAAGUCUUCAGAACAGGCGUAUAUCGAGUUUGAAAACAUUGAAGCCAUUGUUAAAACAGCCAGCAGAACCAAGUUCUUUAUUGAGUUUUAUUCCACGUGUCUGGAGGAGUUUAAGAAGAGUUAUGAAAAUGACACCCAGAGCAGCGACAACAUUAAUUUCCUGCGUGUUGGCUGGUCAUCUAAACAGCUGACGACACUGAAGCCCAUCCUGUCUGACAUCGAGUAUCUGCAAGAUCAACAUCUUCUGCUCACUGUUAAAUCUCUGGACGGAUACGAGUCGUACGGUGAGUGUGUGUUGGCACUAAAGUCGAUGAUUGGCAGCACAACGCAGCAGUUUCACACGUAUCUGUCUCACCGCGGUGAAGAGACCGGAAACAUCCGCGGGUCCAUGAGGGUCAGAGUGCCAUCAGAACGCAUGGGCACCAGAGAACGACUCUACGAGUGGAUCAGUGUUGAUAAUGAUGAGACUGGCGGACCAAAAGGCAGAACGCUGCCACCUAGGGCCGGGCACGAUUACGUCAAACCAACAACAAGCAGGAAGUUGGGGUCAGCUGACCUCGGGAAAGUGUCGGAGGAGGGUGACAAGAGUAUCAUCGGGCGCCAUACACACACACACUCUACUAAAGAUGACAACACACAGAAUAGAGGGAAACAGGAUCCAUUUGAAGGUGAUGCCACAACAUGCAAAAACAGCUUCAAUAACCCCGCCUACUACAUUCUAGAAGGAGUUCCCAACCAAUCAGCAGCUCUGGUCUCUGACAUGCUUCCUUCUGUAGCCAGUAAAAUGGCUCCCCCUGUGGGUGGUGUGGGGAAAAACAAACCACCCAGCGGUAGCUCAGCGCAGGGCCGCAGGCAGACGAGCGGACGCACGGUUCGGCCCAUCAGCGAGGAGGGGUCCUCGGAGGAUGAUGGCAACAUCGGGGGUCACGUCAGGUUGCUAAAUCGCCCUCCGCCAGAUUUCCCCCCUCCCCCGCUGCCAAAAGGAGCUCUAGAGAUGGCGGAAAACUCUUUCGGCAAGCCACGGAUGUUUCCGGAUCUUGCCGAUGUCAAAAUACCGCCCGUGUCUGCGGUUACAUCAAAACCGCUGCCAUCUCCCAGUUUCAUAGCUCCCUCUGGAGGAGGCGUGGCCUUCUGCAUGGAUGCUCCGCCCAUGCUGAGCCCAAGUGCCACCCCGUUCUGUCGAGGGGGCGGGGCCUUGGGACUGGACGACCAGUCGUGUUCAGUCCUGCAGAUGGCCAAGACGUUGAGUGAAGUGGAGUAUCCGUCAGGGCGAGAGCAGGGGUGCACUGGGGGGGUGAUGAAGGGGGCGGGCGCUCCUCACCUGCGCGGUAUGACCUUCCCCCCACACUCCAUACAGGAGGAGAGCAUCGCAGAAGACCUGCCUGAAGAGGGUCUGUGGCACUCAGUCAGUAGUUGCAGUAGUCUGUCCAUUGACCGCAGUGUUGGCAAGUGGCUGCAGAGACUCGGUCUGCAGCAUUAUGAAGAGGGACUCCUACACAACGGCUGGGAUGACCUGGAGUUCCUCAGUGACAUCACAGAGGAGGAUCUGGAGGAGGCGGGUGUUCAUGACCCCGCCCACAAGAAGAUCCUAUUGGCCAGUCUGAAACAGCAGCAGAAAUGAGCCAAUCCCGAUCCGGGCGGUCUAAACUGGAGCAAACCAGAACUGUGCCUCUCUAAGAGAAACAUUGCACUGCUAGAGUUUUACCAGACAAAGUCCUUUUAAUUUAAUCUGAUCGUUGGUAAUAUUAUUUAAACAAGUCGAUGUGUCAAAAAGGAUGUUAGGCUGUAAAGCCCCGCCCACAUCCUGAGAAUACUGUCUGAAUUUGGAGAAAGUGAUGUCAUCAGAACAUUCCUCACCUUUGUGCUGAUAAGUGACUGAAGUGUUAAUUAUUAAUAACAGUUUUGUUUUUGUUAUUUGCAUGUUUUAUGAGUUUAAAGGAAAGGGAAAUAAGCUGAACUCAGCCAUGAAGACUGAUGCCUAAACUAACUUGAAAAAGUUUUGUCAUUGGUGUUUUAAUAAGUGUGUUUGUGUGUGUGUGUGUGUGUGUGUGGGUUUGUAUACACAAGGGACAGUUUGUCAUUUGUACAUUUAUCUGUCAUAUUUAAUAUUUACAGUCUCGUACAGACGUUAUGUUUCCUCUUUUGCACAGAUGUUAAUGUGUGUCUUACAAAUGGUUCAAUGUUCCACAUAUUGCUGCCUUUGAAAACUUCAUUUCAACAGAAACAGUGUGGCUCUUUGAUUGGAAACUCUUAGAAACUAAACUGAAAACGUUUAAAGGAAUGGUUGAAAAUUCUGUCAUCAUAUACUCACCCUCAUGUCGUUCUAAACCCGUAUGACCUUUCUUCGGUGGAACACAAAAGAUGUUUAGCAGAAUGUUUAUGCUUCAUAGUGACCACAAAUGUUUAAAAAUGACAAAUGCACGUAGUUCAUGUGACUCAUGCUCUAUAUUCCAAGUCUUCAUACAGUAAAUUUGAUUGUUGCUCACACAAAUCUAAGUCGUUAUUUACUGAAAAUGUUGUACAUGAUGACACAUGAGAACCAAUGACAUUUGGUGUCAGGACCUCAAUCUUGGUGCUGUGCAUCUAAAUGCAACAUUUCUUUUCCAAUUCAACACAAUCACAAAUGUGGGGAAUAUUAUUAUAAGUCAGUAACAAUUGACUGUAGAAGUCUUGCAUUGGUACGGAAGCCCUGAACCGCAAGGUGAAAACAAAAUUCACUAGGUGAUUUUUUUUUUACAGGUGUUUUAGUGCCUUCCUGAGCCUUCAACCUACAAAUUUAAUUUUUCUUGGGCAAAACAAUUGUCAAAAAAAAAACGUUUUUUCUCUGAAAAUGAUUUUCUCAGGCCAAAAAAAAAAAAAAAAAAAUGCAUGUGGUACCAACCUCGGCCACCAGGUGCCACUAUCAGUAUGAAAUCUUAUGCUUAUAAGGUGACAGGUACUUUAUCUGUUCAUUUAUAGAUUUAUAGUUAUAGUAUAAUACAAUAACAAGAAUGUUUUGCAAAUCUAAAUCAAGAAAACAUUUUUUUAGACAUUUUUUUAAUACAUAAAAUCCCACAAUAUGUUUACAAUAUACAUAUGCUUCAUAUGGGGGGAGGGGUCUAAUUUGUUUGAUGACCUUCACUGGGAAUAUCCAUACGGCUAUUGAUAUCACACUUUUUAAAAUUGUUGUCUUACGUAAACAUGCGCUAGAUUGACGUAUUUGACCCUUGUGAUGCCUGUUUUCAGCGAUAAGUGCUGUGUUGAACUCUUGAUUGAUUUGACAGUGAAUGCCGUAUGAAACAUAUAUAACCUGUGAUUCAUUUAAUUGUGGGAUUCCAUGUAUUGGAAGA